AUGGUUCGCACCAGCUGGUUGUGUGUAACUUGCAAGGCAACAGUAAUACUUGACCAAGUACCUGGUGUUACACCCGGUACCUUGCAUGCACGCAAAGAUGACGAACAAGCUCCCAUUCUUUGUAAAACUCAGCCCGGAAAACUGAGGAUGCACUUCGUACAGGCAACUAGCAGGAAGCGCGGCCCUGUCAGCCCCAGGACCUUGGGUCCUCAAAGCAAAAAGAAUAAGCUUCUUCCCCCACCAUCGCCUUGGUACCGACCCUACCGGUGCCAUGCCAAGCUCUUUUGUUUUUUCUCACCCUUCCUUUCUUGGAUACACCGGUGA